AUGUACAAAGGUUCAAGAAGUAAUAUAUGCGUGUACAAAGGUUCAAGAAGUAAUAUAUGCGUGUACAAAGGUUCAGGAGGUAAUAUAUGCGAGUACAAAGGUUCAGGAGGUAAUAUACGCAUGUACAAAGGUUCAGGAAGUAAUAUAUGCGUGUACAAAGGUUCAGGAGGUAAUAUACGCAUGUACAAAGGUUCAAGAAGUAAUAUAUGCGUGUACAAAGGUUCAGGAGGUAAUAUACGCAUGUACAAAGGUUCAAGAAGUAAUAUAUGCGUGUACAAAGGUUCAGGAGGUAAUAUAUGCGUGUACAAAGGUUCAGCAAGUAAUAUAUGCGUGUACAAAGGCUCUUUGUGUGGAGGUAAUAUAGGCAUGUACAAAGGUUCAGGAGGUAAUAUAUGCGUGUACAAAGGUUCAGGAGGUAAUAUACGCAUGUACAAAGGUUCAAGAAGUAAUAUAUGCGUGUACAAAGGUUCAGGAGGUAAUAUAUGCGUGUACAAAGGUUCAGCAAGUAAUAUAUGCGUGUACAAAGGUUCAGGAGGUAAUAUAGGCAUGUAUAAAGGUUCAGAAGGUAAUAUAAGCAUGUACAAAGGUUCAGAAGGUAAUAAAAGCAUGAACAAAGGUACAGGAGAUAAUAUAUGCGUGUACAAAGGUUCAGGAGAUAAUAUAGGCGUAUACAAAGUCAGAUCAUAA